UUUGCUUUGGUUUUUUGUUAUUGUUUCGGGUUAGUGGAGCAACCGAGCCCGAGGAGUAAAGCACGGCUGUAUCGCUCAUGUUUUUGUCGUUUUCUCGCGGGCUGUCAUUCCAGUAUCUGAUAGAGAGACUGCUCGCUUAGACUGUUUACAGAGAGGUGCUAUAUAAAGGUGCAAAAUAGCCUGCCUUUGUUUUGUGUUGCCAUGGACAAGGCUUGGCGGGUGGAGUUUAGAAAUGUGGGCUGCAGUUACUUCCCUCAGAGCAGAGUCGAUUGCCACUACACACUGAGUUCUUGGCACAGCUGGGCCAGUAAUGACUGGAUAGGGCUCUUCAAGGUGGGAUGGUCAUCAGUGAAGGACUACCACACAUUCGUUUGGGCACUAGCCCCGGCUGACUAUCAAGAGGGCAUAGAUGUCAACUGCUCUGUGCAUUUCCAGGCAUCCUACCUACCCAAGCCCAGCUCCCAAGAGUAUGAGUUUGUAUAUGUCGAUGCUAAGGGGGAAGUCUGCUCCCGCAGCUCCAAAUUUACUUUCUGUGCACCAAAGCCACUGGAGGAUCUGGUGACCCUUGAGGAGGAGCCCCAUGGAGAGGAAGGAGGCACGGGCAUGCUGCUGGUAGUACCCAGGGCUGAACUGCUGCAGAGUCGACUGCAGGAAUGUCUGCGAGAGCGGGCCGAGCUGCUGCAGGUGCAGGAGGUGGCAAACAGGCAAAGGGAGAAAGAGAAGGAGGAGUACAAGAGGGCAAGAGAGGCCUGGGACAGACAACGCAAAGAGCUGGAAAGUGAUAUCGACAGGCUGCAGGAAGAGCUGAAGCAGAGUCGAGAGAAGAUCAAGGAGAUAGAGAGGAAGCAGAAGGCGGAGCAGGCUUUAGGAGAAUCACUUGCCCAGGAGAGAAGUGCUUUAUUGGGUGCGAGGGAGGCAAGUGAGGAGCGAAUCAAAGAGCUGGAGGAGGACAUCAAAACCCUGACACAGAGAACUGUGGAAAGAGAGACAGAGUUGGAAAGGAUGAAGGAGAGAGCAAAGAGGGCAGGAGCUCAGAGGAAAGAAGAGGAGAGUGAGAGAAAGAGCCUGCAGACCAAGCUGGAACAGACAGAAGCUGAGCUCAGAAGUCUGUCAAAGGAGUUCCAGGGUCUGAGGAACUCCCUGGCUCAGAGAGACACCAGUGUCCUUCAGCUCCAAAACACCAUCACCACACUCACCCAGAAACUCACCACUGCCCACAGGAAAGAGACGGAGAGCGAGGCAGCGCUGAAGGAGAUGCGGAGCCUGCGGGAGCGUCUGAACUCAAGUGAGCGUGCUGCAGAGGGCUUGAAGAGUGAUCUAAGUGCCAUGGUAGCCCAGAGGGAUCACGGGCAGGCCGAACUGCAUCAGGCUCGUCUGCAGGCUGCCCAACUCACCCUUCAGCUUGCAGAUUCCAGUCUGGCCCUUAGAGAGGGAAGAGCCCACUGGGCUCAGGAGAGGCAGAAUCUGCAGCGCACUGCUGAGAGGGACCACGAGUAUCUGGAGAAACUCAACACAGAGAUGCAGAGGAUGGAGGAGAGGUUGCAGGAGGAGAGGAUGGAGAGAGUGAAGCUGGAGGUUGAGCUGGGAAGAGAAAAGGAUUGCAACCGGGUUCAGCUGAGUGAAACCCGCAGGGAGCUCCAGGAGCUAAAGGCCAGCUUAAGGGUUGCCCAGAAAGAGAAGGAGCAGCUACUCGCAGAGAAGCAGGAGUUGAUGGAGUACAUCUGUCAGCUGGAGCAGAAGAUGGGAACAGAGGCCAGUGCCAAGUGGAGCGCUGCUCUGAUCGUCUCUACAGGGCGGCCUGACAGUGUGUUGUCUGACUCUGAGGACGAAAACCCUGAGGCCCUGCAGCCCCUCCGUCCACCAAGACCUCUGGGACACUACAGCCUGUGUGAGCAGGGCCAGCCUGACUCCUUGCUUCUUGCCACCCCUCCUCCUUCCCCGAGGGAGAUGGAGAGGAGCGCAGUGGUCAUCAACCAGCCAGCCCCACUCUCCUCACCACACCAGGCCGGCGCUGAAACUCUUGCACACAGCUCAGAUUCGGAGGAGGAAUCUGAUCCACUUCAGUGCGGAAGGCACAGCUCUGGAGAAGAAACGGCACUUUUGCUGCCUGAGCACACGGACACUGUUCUCAGUGAUCUGGCCGACACCUCGCUAUGGUAACCAGUGGACAGUCCAGCCGCGGCCACAGAGAGUGAUCAAAAAGAGGAGAAGGGGGGACUUUGUGUGGUUCCACAUUACUUCCACUAACAAGCACAUAUACAGCUCACUCACUACACAGACAAAUUAUUAAUAUGCAAUUUACAUCGUAUCUGCCGUGAACCUUGGUUUUCCCCUCCUAGACUGUUAUUACCCUCACUGUUUUGUAGUUAGGAAUGACAUAAUGCUUAUGGUGGCAGGUCAACACCGUGUUUAUGACUGACAUACGACUGUUGCAUAGUUUGAUACGACGGGCUUUUAGGCAUGGGCUCUAGCAUUUGAGAGUUUGCAGGCUGUAGCAGAAUGAUUUCUGUUGAAUCAUUGCUAUGUCAAGAGCUUUACGAUGGAUGCUAUGUCGUUUUUAUGACAUUUGUGAUUAGGAGUCAUGACAGGCAACGUAAUUAUGAUGUUUUGUGCCGGCCUGGCUCCACUGAAAAUCAUGGCAAAACUCUCCUCCAGCAUUAAAUUCUACCCAGCAGCUUUGAACACUAUUCAUGGCAGCAUAAAGUAAAGAUACAGCAUCAUGCUAAAAUUAUAUUGCAGUAAUGUAGGUCUAUGACAUCAUAUUUCUCCUCCAUUUACUCAGAACUAAGAUUUGAUAUGCACUUUCUUGUACGCAUUAGCAGUUGAUUGUCAUGCAGUUGCAGUUCAGGAGAUUUAGUGAUGCAGAGGCGCUCUAUUUGAAAUAGAGAGCUUAUUGAACAGAUUGUGUUUAAAGUCUAUCAAGAUAGAUGCCAGAUGCAACUUUCUACUUCAGCGACUUCAUAUCUUCAUUAUUAUAAAAUUAAUGCUCAUAAGCUUUUCGCUAUAAAUCAGCUGCAGUUUUUACUUGUUAAUUAAUGAUCCUGGAUUUUACAUUUCAUAAUUAUUAAAAUGAAAUGCUAAUUUACUAGCUGGUCAUUUGGAUAUUUAGUCUUUAGUCAGUCUUUAUUACAGUUUAUAUUGUACAGGAAUCUUAAUUCACAGUCAUGCAGUUCUAAAUUUGUGCCUAAAAUAAUGAAAUAAGAGUCAAAGAAUAUCUUCUUCAUAGAUCUUGACAUCAUCACAUGGUGUUGGUAUUUUCCCCUAGUCCUAUGGUAAUAUACUGUCUAAUAAAAUUGCUGACUACCUUUUAAUCAAUACUGUAUGCAUUUUUCAUGAUUUCCUAUUUAUAAUUAACUUGAGUUAUGCUGCAAAGAAACUAUAUUCAGGUUUAGUUUGAAAUAGGUGUUUGGAUUUCACACAACUGUUUGUGCAAUGUGUGACAAAAUUUUCCAUGCUUGGCUAAGAAAAUUUGCUAGACACUUUGAUGCUUGAUUCUAUCUGCUGUAUUUGCACCAUAUUUUUAUUAUAGAAGAGUUUUUAGAUGAAAAGUUGAUAUAUGGAUACUUAACGAUAUGUCAGUUGUGUCCUUUUAAUCAUUAUCUUAAUCAUUACCAUUGUGUGUUGUGUUUACGUAUAUUUUAUCGACACUGUGUUUUUAUUUUCUGUUUUCAGAUACUCACUUUGAGUCUUUUAUUAGAUUUAAUAUUUGAGUUGUACUGUUGCAAGAUAUUGGUGCUAAUGAAAGGGAGUGAUACCAGCACGCUGAGUUUAAGGCAGAGGUGAAGAUCUGCAAAAGAAAUGGAUUUUAAUGUUUAAACAGCUUCAGAAGGAACAGGAUUAUUAAGGUAGAUAUGAAAAGAGUAAAUGUCUGUCCACCUCUCAUUUCCUUUGUCUUACUAGGUAUUCUGGUGUUGCAGUACAUGUCGAUUCUCCAUAUAUAGUCUUUUGAGGAGUCUGGUAUUCUUUCCCAGAAUAUAGCACACACUACAUGUAUUCUCCAUAGUCCUUGUUUGUGGUUGUGAUCUGACUUUAUGUCUUAGGGAAGUCCUUUUUUUUGUUUUGUUUGUCUUUCCGCUGAGAGCUCCAAUACAAGUGCUCCUCAUCAGGACACCGUCUCACAUUGCAAUAAAGCUCCAGUGGUUAUGGUUUGUUUUGAAGUUUUUUGUGUGAAGGUUAUCCCACAUGUACACCACCGUGUAUUUUCUUAUCAGUCAUGUAACAGGGUUUGGGUGGGUUCUGUAUAAUAAAACGGUUUAUGUAUCCAUUA